UCCGGGUGGGUUUGCGAGGUGGCUCUGGAUCACAUUCGCUACCGCUGGUUAUGCGGUUGUUUGAAAACGUUUCGAUAAUGUACCAGAUACGUGUUUUAUCAGGGUUGCAGUAUAGCUCAAGAAACGUCCUUCGUGGCAGUGUUCACCUUUCCACCAACACUCACAAGCAAUGUAAAGAUUUUGACACCUAUGCUGCAACUUUGACAAGAAAGGUUAAUUUACACUAUCCAUUACAAAGGGCAUUAUUAAAAGCCGAAACGAAUAAGGUUCAUUCAUACGUUUAUGGAAGAUGCUAUUCCUCCCAAUCGGCCAGCCCUGAGGAGGGAGUUUUGAUCUAUACAGGGAGUCUGGGGAAGGCUGUGCUUGGAGUGAAGUUUUUCUCCUACUCUACCACUGUGUUCAGUGUGUGUGUGAUGCCCUAUGUCCUCAUGAAGACUGGCAUUGGGAUUUCCAGUUUGGUGCUGAAGGUGGCCUUCUGUGGCUUACUUGGGUUCUUCACAUUUCUAACACCAGUACUCCUCCACCUCAUCACUAAAGGCUAUGUGGUGCGCCUCUAUUAUAACAAGCAAACGGACGUGUACACAGCUGUCACUUACAAUGUGCUCCUGGUGGAGAAAAAGACAGUGUUUCACCAGAGUGAUGUCAGAAUCCCAGACAUGAGCAGGUUGUUCACUAGUUUCUAUGUGAAGAAGCAGUCAAUGCUCGUGAACCCAAUGCACUUUGACUUGCCACAUGACUACAAUCACCUCAUGGGUUAUGAUAAGCCCUUCUCAUUUGACAUGGAAGAAGUAAACAAACCUGACAAAAAUUAACAGGUUUUCACUCAUCAGUGGUUGCAGACAGGGUUACUGUAACUCUUCAGAUGGGUCUGUUAUGAACAGUAUCCUGAAUAUUGAAUUAUGUUCAGUUAUAAUUGUGUAACUUGUGUAAAUUUGAAACUAUAAAUAAAAGUAAGCGUGUUAUAUUUUC